AUGGUCGGAUAUGAGGCCCUGGGCUCGGCGCUGAAGGUCCAGGAGGAAGGCACAGACCAAUCCCCGCUGGGCUACGAAUACACAACCACCACAACCUCGCCCGCCCCCUCGCGCAUCUCCCUCGUCCCCAUCCUGCGCUCCGGCCUGUCCAUGGUCCCCGCCCUCUCCUCCCUCCUCCCCGCCCCCGUGCCGAUCCACCACCUCGGCCUGUUCCGCGAGAAGACAACACUGCAGCCCGUCGAGUACUACAACAACCUGCCCUACCACUCGCCCACGGACCAGCACGCCGGCGGGCCCGCCGACCUCGCCAUCGUCGUCGACCCCAUCAUCGCCACGGGCGCCACCGCCUGCGCGGCCAUUGACAGCCUGAAGGAGCACGGCGUCAAGCGCAUCGUAGUCGUCGCUGUGCUGGCGACCCAGGAGGGGCUGCAGCAGGCCUGCGCCGAGUGGGCCGAGGGCGUGGAGGUGUGGGUGGGCGGGUGCGACGAGAGCGUCGACGACAAGGGCAUGAUCAAGCCCGGCCUGGGCGACAUUGGGGACCGCCUGUUUCUGACGCUGGGGAAAUAG